CUUGAUGCCUUUGUAGAAAUUCAAAAGGAAAAAAAUGAAAAAUUGUUGGGAUUUCUUGAAUUUGCUCCAUUAUGACUUGUCAAUAAAGAUUCUUACGUCUUUGGAAGAUCCAUCUGAUCUUGUUCGCUUUGGUGCUGUCUCACGCUCCUGGCAACAUUUUGUGAUUAAAAAUGGCCUAUGUAAGCAACUGUGCCUCAGAAUGUUUCCUCAAUUAUCUAGAGUUGAUCAUGUCAAUGAGUUAAGUAGCGCUGCAAAAGGCCAUGCUGAAGCUGGAUCUAGCAAUUUUAUGGAAUGGGAAGCCUUGAAGAGGGAGCAUAGAGUUUAUGCCUUUUUAGCUCGAGGUUGUUUGUCGUUUGAUAUCAGGGAGUGCAUCUCAGAAGCAAUCAUCGCUUCUAGCACUGAUAAUUACCCGGAGGAAAGCAUAGAUAAUACUUUGGAACCAAGAGAUAGGGUGGCACGGAGAGCUUCAUACUGGUCAAGUAAAGGACAAAAAAACCCUGCAGUGCCCGAAACAUUGACAUAUAGAUUAUGUGCUGAUUUAUGUGUUAUUACUGAAAUCAGUAUAAGACCCUUCCAAGCUUACUUCCAGUUUGGUAACCCAAUAUACUCCGCUAACUCAGUGAGAUUUCGGAUGGGUCAUAUGAAGUCCUAUGUGGACAAUCUUGUGAGUGAAUCAUGCCAGGAUUGUGGUCAUGAGAAGUUUGUAUGGACUUACAGCUCAGAUGAGUUUCCUAUGACUCAGGAAAAUAAAUUGCAGAAUUUCAAGCUUCCAGAACCUGUUCUUUGCAUUGGUGGGAUGUUACAGAUUGAGCUGUUGGGUAGGGUCCAGAGACAGGACAUGGAUGGCUUAUACUAUAUAUGUGUCUCUCAUGUUGAAGUAAGGGGAUGCCCAUUAUCUCCUGCCUUCGGUAUACAGAUACUCGAACCGUCUGAAAAUUUUAUGCUGGAGGCACGGAGUUAUACACAACCGCCACCCGUACCCGAACCCGAACCCGAACAGACAAGCUUUGCAUCCACUCUGCAGAUGCGAAUGAGAGACUUGGAGCAGAUUGUGAAUUUACUGCGGGAGAACGGGGGAAAUGUAGUCGACGUAAUGGAAUAUGGAUAUGGAUGGGACAUAGAGGAUGAAGAAUCGGACGAUGAUGAGGAAUAAUAAACUUGUUCUAGUUACAGGGUCACAUGGUAAGCUAAAAUUUCCUGUAAACAACGCUAGAAGUCUUGCCGAGUUUUACCUAAACUUUGUUCAGGAUUUAGUUAUUGUGUGCUAGUUUUAUCAAAAUAUUUAGAAGCUUCUAUGUAAGUGCUUCGAGGCUUUCAGAUCGGCGCAGUGUGAUGCUGAGUAAUGGAAUGGCAAGUUUAUUUUAGGCAUGAGUGAUUAAAUUA